AAAAAGUUAAAAAAAAAAAAAUUAAAAUCAAUGAAGGGCGGCAACAAGGUUGCAGCGGGCGGCGGCCGUUCACUGGAGGGGCUACCGGACACCCUAAUCACUGAAAUUCUGGAAAAGUUAGACUUGGAAUCGCUUUGCUCCACGGCGUGUGCUUCCAGGGCCUUCCGCUCCUCUGUCGCUCAACAUCUUUCCACUCUUCCCUCGCUUGAUCUUUCUGUUUUUGCUCCGAAUGCUCAGACUCUGAAUCACAUUCUUCAUAGGUUCAGUGGUGUCAGGAGUGUCACUAUUGACUGCCUCCGCCUGGAGACCUCUUCAGUCAUAGGUAUUCUUGGAGCUAAUAUCCAAGAAUUAAAUUUGUUGAAGGGUUGCUUGCUGUCUUAUUCUCUUUUCACUUCAAUUGGGAGGAGUUGCCCUAAUUUGAGGGUUCUCGCGCUGGAAUUAGUUGGGGAACAGUUACCUGAACUCUUCGAGAAAAAUCUUGUUGAGAUGCUUAAAAAUCUUAUACAGUUGGAGUCUUUAUCUCUUAAAAUACGAGAAAUAGAACAUGAUGUGUACAGUAUAAAAUCCAUUCAGCCGUUUUUGCCAAGAAGUCUCAGAUUUUUAAAGCUUCAGCAAGUGGGUGAACAGAGUGCAAUUCAAUUACUACAAGAACAUUUAAAUGUUGGUAAUUCAUUAGAAAUCACAUCCACUUUUAGCUCUAUCCCAGCUGCUCUUCUUCAUCCGCCGACUGAGCUACAGCAUUUAUCACUCGUAUUGGACAUUAUCAGUGAUGAACUUGUUAUCUGCAUCGUCAAUGCACUUCCCCUUAUAGUUGAGCUGAAUCUUGAAGACAGAACGUACAAGGAGCCACUCAUGCCUCAUGACCUGACCAAUAAUGGGAUACAGUCCUUGGGGUCUUGUCGGCGUCUAACUGCUCUCUCAAUUGUACGUAGUAGACAGAAUUAUCCUGUAUGUUUCAAACAGAUAAACGACUUGGCAAUGUUUCUUCUUUCUGAGAAUUGUAGAGGCCUGGAAUCUGUUACCUUUGGUGGAUUUUCCACAGUUACUGAUGCCGGCUUUUCAGCAAUUUUGCACUCUUGCCGAAAUUUGAAACGAUUUGAAAUUCGUAAUGCAUCUCUGCUAUCAGACUUGACCUUUCACAGUAUGGCAGGCGCUGCAGAUACCCUUGUUGAGAUGAAGAUGUUUUCAUGCAACCUUAUAACUAGUGAAGCUGUAUUGCAACUGGCAUCUUGUACUAGGUUAGAGGUGCUCGAUUUGUGUGGAUGCAGGAGCAUAGCAGAUACAUGCCUUAGCUGCUUGACAUUUUUCAAUAAACUUGCAACAUUAAACCUUAGUGGGGCUGAUGUGACUGACAGUGGUCUUGCUGUUCUUGGCGGUGGACAUUCUCCCAUUGCACGUUUACGUCUUAGGGGCUGUCGGAGAAUAACUGAUAAAGGAAUUUCUCUUCUAUUGCUGGGUGGAGGGACAAUUAGCAAGACACUUGCAUCUCUGGAUGUUGGUUACAUGCCAGGAAUAUCGGAUGAAGCUAUUUAUACCAUUGCUUCAUCCGCUCAAGCGGUUACUGAGUUAUGUAUGAGGUAUUGCUUCUUUGUGACAGAUGCUUCAUUAAAAGCAUUAGCUUUAAAGAGAAGGCCGCUUGAUGGAACUUCACCUCUCAAAAGGCUCGAUGUUUUUCACUGCCCUAGAUUGUCUGCCGUCGAAUUGGUGGGAUUUUUGAGGAAGCCAUCAUUCCUUAAUUUGAGGUGGCUCGGCGUUGGCCUCACUGCCGCAGCUUCCAGAAAAGAUGACUUUGCUCAAAUUUGCAAAGAACGAGAGUGGCUGACCCUUUGUUUUGAUGGUUGUGAAAUAGGAUGUCAUGAUGGAUGGCAAUUUCACAGGCCUCAUGGUGGCUGACAUCCAAUGUGCGUUCAUUUUUUGUACAUUCGCGGCCAAUGCCAAGUCUGGUUCAUGCAUAGGAACUUUAUACAAAGUUUUUCUUUUCUUUUGGCUU